AUUAUGUAGAUGCAACCGAACUCUACUGCAGAUUAACUAAAUUAUUAUAACGGAAACAUCUCGCAUCGCAUCAUAAACAAAUAUAAACGUAGUAUAAUAUUAUAUUAUUUUCACGAUUUUCAUAUACGGUAUUACUACUGAAAUAAGUCAACUGGGCGAAAAGCUAACGUGGACAUUUUCAUUUUCUCGAACAAAUUACUGCAGUCAUCUAUACAUUAUUGUUCAAAAUAAUAAAUUCUUAUAUUUAUACAGACACCAAGAGAACAAUAUUAUAUACUAACCGUCACUAUGAAAUUUAACUCACGACGCGUUUCCCAGAGAUGGGUGAUGGCCGUGAUGGGCAUGCUGGGUGUGACGAUGGCAUACGUAAUGCGGGCGUGCCUGGGCAUCACGCUCACACAAAUGGUGUUGCCCGUGCAGGUGCAAGGGCGACGCAGCGAUCCACUGACGGCCGUACAACAUGAUUACUGCCCGGUGCAGGGGCAACCGCACUCUGCUUCGGCGUCCAACCGGACGUCAGCGGCGGCCGUGGUACCGGCGCAGGGGCACGUGCACGGCGAGCACCCACGGUUCGACUGGGAUGAGGAGACGCAGGGAGAGGUGCUGUCGGCGUUCUACUACGGUUACAUACUCACGCACCUGCCCGGCGGCGUGCUGUCGCAGAAGUACGGCGGCAAGCACACCAUGGGCUUUGGCAUACUGUGCACGGCCAUAUUCACGCUGAUGACGCCGUUUGUGGCGCACAUCGGGUCCAGGUCGCUGACCAUCCUACGGUUUAUCGAAGGACUCGGCGAGGGCAUGACGUUUCCAGCGCUUUGCACGCUCCUAGCGCAGUGGGCGCCGCCCAAAGAAAAAGGAAAGUUUGCCACGCUGGUAUUUGCAGGUGCGCAAAUCGGUAAUAUUCUGUCAAACUUCUUGAGUGGGUUUAUCAUGAGGUACAUACCCGGUGGUUGGCCGAACGUCUUUUACUUUUUCGGUAUUGUUUCAAUUAUUUGGUUUAUACUUUGGUGCAUGUUUGUCUUCAAUGAUCCAAAUGCUCAUCCAUUCAUUUCGGACGAAGAGCGCGCCUACUUAAAAAAAUCCAUCGGAAGACUAGAAAGAAAGAAGGAUCUGACACCUACACCUUGGAAAUCCAUAAUAACCUCUAUGCCUGUUUGGGCUCUAGUCAUCGCUGGAGCAGGACAUGAUUGGGGCGCUUUUACUUUAAUCAGUGAUCUUCCAAAGUAUAUGAAUGAUGUAUUGCACUUUUCUGUGACGGAAAACGGUUUUUUGUCAUCAAUCCCAUUUCUUGCUCAAUGGGUCACAUCAGUCGCUGCAAGUAUAUUAGCAGAUAAUCUAAUAAGUAAAGGAACGAUGAGUGUUACAAAUGUCCGAAAAAUAUAUGCCAUAAUAGGAAAUCUUGGUCCCGCUAUGGGAGUGAUGUGUGCUUCAUUUGUCGGAUGUAAUAAAAUCCUUGCAACAUUGUGUUUUACCUUGGGCGUAGCCCUUAUGGGAUUCUGCUAUCCUAGUUUACGUGUUAACUCACUUGAUUUGUCACCCAAUUAUUCAGCUACACUAAUGGGAUUGGUAAAUGGUAUUGGAUGUUUGUCAGGUAUGGCCACUCCAUACCUUGUAGGAAUCCUUACACCAAAUAGAACCGUUUUAGAAUGGCGUUUGGUAUUUUGGAUCAUGGUGAUAAUAAUGAUAUCAACGUCUAUUAUCUUUGUGUUUUUUGGAUCUGGUAAUGUGCAGCCAUGGGAUGACAUAAAACAAUAUCGUCUAAGUGAAAAUGAAAAAGAAAAUAAAGAUGGCGAAUCAAAUGGGAUACAAUUGAAAUCAAUAGAAGAUGGUAAAACAUCAAAAUAGUUUGAUUCGCAAUCUGACUACAUACUAACAAAACCGCCAAAACCAUCCUAAACAUUGUAAAUAUAAAUACAUUUUACCUAUUAAUUUAGUUAUUAAACUUUUGUUUUUCUAAUUAUUUUAAAAAUGUACUGUUAUCUGUUGAAAUAAUAAAG